UUUUAAUAAGUAGUGCCACUAGGCUAUGGCCAACCUGAACUUUGAGCAACCGCCACGCAGUAUUGCGAACUCAAGUCUUACUUCACGUACAGUCAGCGGAGGGGGGGGUUUAAACGCUUCGACCCUCACGGGUCAUGUUACGCCUACCUCGGGCAUGUUCUCAGGCUCAUCUGCAAGCACAUCGAGUACUGUCAAUUCAGCGGUAGUUGCCACUAACGUUUAUCCUGGAGCAUCGGGCUCCGGCGGCGGACAGAACAGUCAUCAGCAACAGCAGCAACUCUCUCCUAUGGGCAGCAGAGGGCUGUUUGGGCAGAGAGCUUUUACCGACAGACGUACGAUGCCUGCUCUUGGAGCUUCAAAUCCAAUGGGUAGUAUGGGCAGUUUUGGAAUACCUCCAAGUCGUAAUUACGGAUCUCAAGGUGCGGUUAACAAUUUCCACUCUGUUUUUGGGAGUGGAGGUGGUGGAGACACGAGUACUCCACCUCUGUUAGAUCUCUCGGAAUUUCCCUCCCUAACGAAUAGAGGUCAAGGUGAUUCUAUGCCGCAACCUAGUCCUAUGCCAGGAAAACAGCCUUAUGUUGGAAUGGUAAAACAACCAACAUCCGAAUCGAGCGAAUUUACUAUGAGCUCGGAAGACUUUCCUGCAUUACCAGGUACACAGAACCGAGAAGGUCCGUCACCUGGUGGCAGCGUAUCUGGUGAUAAAAAUAUAUCUGUAGGACUUGGUCCAGAAAUCGGACAGGAUGUGUUGCAGGCAAACAGAGGUCCUGGCCCUGAAAAGUCUCAGUCUUCUAAAAGAGGCAUCCAAACGUCGCCUGAUGGCAAAGUAACGAAUAUACCUGCUAGUAUGGUGAAGGAUCAGUUUGGCAUGGUCGGACUUUUGACAUUUAUUAGAGCAGCGGAGACAGAUCCAAACCUAGUGUCACUGGCGCUAGGCCAAGAUCUUACUGCGUUAGGAUUGAAUUUGAAUUCACCUGAAAAUCUUUACCAGAAUUUUGGUGGUCCCUGGGCGGAAACACCUUGUCGACCGCAGGAUAUCGAUUUUCACGUACCACCGGAGUAUCUUAUAAAUGCUGCAAUCAGGGAUAAGCUAGCGCCAGUUAAACUAAAUCGAUAUAAAGAUGAUCUACUGUUUUAUAUGUUUUAUACAAAUGUUGGAGAUGUAUUGCAAUUAGCCGCGGCGGCGGAAUUGUACAGCAGAGAAUGGCGAUAUCAUAUGGAGGAGAAGGUAUGGAUAACGCAAGCACCUGGUUUAGGGAUAGUAGAAAAGACUUCGACAUACGAACGUGGUACUUAUUAUUAUUUUGAUGCACAAAACUGGAGAAAGGUAGCUAAGGAAUUCCAUUUGGAUUAUACAAAACUAGAAAGUAGACCUCAUCUUCCUGCGAACUUUCACCAAACUCAGCCUUGACUACAGACUUGUCAGCAGACCAUUAUGCUGUCUUUAAGCUGGAAACAAAUCAGCUAUUGUAUAAAUGAACAAAUUUAAUAAUCUUUAAUAAAAACAUAAAAUUUG